CGCAGUCUCAACCAAACAGAGGGGUCAACCAUUGAGCCAGAGCGCGUGGAGGGGGAGGCUCUACUGUAGCUUCUUAUUUUUGACUCAGAGCCAAUGUCACUCCUUUCACCACACUCCUGCGCCCGCGUCACAUCUUCAAUUCGCCAACUGCGAGUCCAGUUACACCUUCGUUUUCUUCCAACGCCAGCCGUUACCUCAAUACACUACUUCAGGUACUCCAUCUCUGCCUCACUCGGCCGCAAUCACUUGCGCGCCGCCGCCAUCAAUCAGCAAACUCGUACUGUCAUCACGAACCUCCCCCGCGUCAUGCCCUCCCACGCCAGCAUCGAUCAGCUGGCCAAACUGGCUGGCGACCUGUCACUGUCAGAGGGCAGUGAUAGGUUCCCAAACUUCUACCCCGAGUCCAACCCCCUCGACGUCUACCGUGCACACCUCACAAACAUCCUUCAACCCAUAACCGGCGUUGACCCCAAGAUCAUCUAUCCCGCUGUCCAAUGGACCUCUUCCUUGGACAAGGGAGACCUGGUUGUGGCCGCACCAGCUCUCAGGGUCAAGGGCAAGAAGCCUGACGAGCUGGUCAAGGAAUGGAGCGAGAAGUUUCCCACAGAUGACCCCCUAUUCGAGAAGCCGGUGGUCACUGGCUACUUUCUGCAGUUUUGGUUCAAGCCAGAUCCAUUGACAAUGAACCUAAUUCCCCUUAUUCGCGAGCUCGGAGACGAUUAUGGCAACAACAAGAGGCUUGGCCUCAAGGAUCCUCAAGAUCCAUCACAGGGCAACAAGAAGAUCAUUGUCGAGUUCUCAAGCCCCAACAUCGCCAAACCUUUCCACGCUGGACAUCUCAGGAGUACAAUCAUCGGAGGAUUCCUUGCCAACCUGUACAAGGGUGCCGGUUGGGAUGUGCAGAGGAUAAACUACCUUGGAGACUGGGGCAAGCAGUACGGCCUCCUGGCUCUUGCGUUUGAGAGAUAUGGCGACGAGGAAGCACUAAAGAAGGAUCCUAUCAACCACCUGUUUCAGCUUUACGUCAAGAUCAACAGCGAAAUGUCUGAGGAGAAGGAACAAAUCGAUGCAAAGAAGAAGGCAGGAGAGGACGUCACGCAGCUGGAGCAGAACAGCUUGGACGAACAGGCUCGAGCUUACUUCAAGAAGAUGGUCGACGGUGACGAGGCUGCCGUGGCACAAUGGCGCAGGUUCCGCGACCUAUCCAUUGAGAGGUAUAAGAAGACAUAUGCCAGGCUGAACAUUUGGUUCGACGAGUACAGUGGAGAGUCGCAGGUUACAGAAGAGUCCAUGGCCAAGUCGGCAAAAACUAUCGCCGAUAAGGGUAUCUCCAAAGAGGACCAGGGCGCUGUCAUAAUCGACUUCUCAGAACACGUGCCUGGAAAGGAGGGCAAGCGGUUGGAAAAGCCCAUCAUCAGGAAGCGCGACGGUACAGCGCUCUACUUGACACGAGACAUCAGCGAGCUGCUGGGCCGAUAUGAGAAGUACAAGUUCGACAAGAUGAUCUAUGUUGUUGCAAGCCAACAGGAUCUUCACUUGAAACAGCUUUUCAAGAUUGUUGAGCUUAUGGGACACAAGGAUAUCGCCGACAAGUGCCAACAUAUCAACUUUGGUAUGGUUUUGGGAAUGAGCACCAGAAAGGGUACCGUCAAGUUUCUGGAUGACAUUCUUCGGGAUGUGGGCGACAAGAUGCACGAGGUCAUGCGCAAAAAUGAUGACAAGUACUCGCAAGUCGAAAACCCGGAGGCAGUCGCAGACACACUCGGCAUCAGCAGUGUCAUGGUACAAGACAUGACUGGCAAAAGAAUCAACAACUAUACUUUCGACAUGGACGCCAUGACUUCGUUUGAAGGCGAUACUGGUCCUUACCUCCAGUAUGCGCAUGCUCGCGUUUGUUCCAUUGCUCGGAAAGCAGGCCUCUCACCAGAGGAGCUGGCAACUGCAGACCUUUCCCUCCUUCAGGAAUCCCACGCUCGCCAACUGGUCCGCAUGCUCUCGCAGUGGCCAGAUGUAGUACAGAACACGUACAAGACUCUGGAGCCAACAACGGUGUUGACAUAUAUGUUUAGAAUGUCACAUGCGCUGAGCCAGAGCUACGACCACUUGAGGAUUGUAGGCAGCGAGAAGGAGCUCAUGAAGGCGAGGAUGGCUCUGUACGACGCCACCAGGAUCGUUCUGAGGAAUGGCAUGGUUCUGCUGGGCUUGAACCCAGUGGAUAGGAUGUAGAGAACCCUUUGUGUGUGUAUGUAUUUGUGGGUAUCUCACUCGAUAGUCUGAGGCCGGCGUGGCAAGAACACCAAGAGACGCGAAAAGUAUGCAUACUCCCCCUCAUCGUCACAGACAGUGGGGUCUCUUCUCCAAGAACUGACAUCUUGGCAGUCUAAUGUCUAAGGCUGCUCACUGCGUCUAGAUGUCUCUCCAUGUAGAUAUUAUUACCCACACUAUCGGUCUUCCCCGCUCGGGCCAUUAGCAAGGCCUUGAGUGGUUGCAGUAGUACCGGGCUAAGGAAU